AUGUCUCGUCUCCCGGGGCCGCAUUUGUCCGACUUAAGUUGUGGCGCUUGCAAGUUGCAAGCGCCUCAGGCAAGUCCGCGGUACUGCGUUUUGCAUCGUCUUAGCAGCUGGAAGUUUUGGGCUUCGGGCCUUGCGCUCAGGACAACAGUGACCGUGACCAGCACUACUGCUACUACCAGCACCAUUACGACACCCGCCGAGCCAGCUGCUUCUGUGCCGGUGGACGUCAUCAUCGCCGCGGUGAUCGUGCUGAUUUGCCUGUGCGCACUGUGCUUUGUGCUGCUGCCCGGCACAAUUAGGGUUUAG